AUGCCUGACCUCGAGAAAUUGCCUUCUAUUGUUUCCAUGAAUCACAACUAUCUCCAUCUUUUUUUUUAUUUGAUCGGAUCAAGAUAUAAAGUAGCAAUAUACUGUGUUUGGGAUUAUACUCUGUAUGAAACUGCUGUUGUCACCUCAGAUUUAUUACUAAAAGCUUUGUACUUAAGAGCAGGACAUAAACACGAUAUGUUUUUAAGAAGAUUUCUGAUUAUAUUUAAAAAUUACGCCCAAUUCAUACUGUCAAGUAUGAUGUUUGCGGAUAUAAUAUUUUAUGAGGAGAGCCAUAUAUUAAAAACCUAUAAAAAUAAAUCUGAUAAUCUUCACUGCCUUUGUUUUCAUGAAGCUGAUGUGAUCAGCUCAGAUUUCGUAGUAGAAACUCUAGACUUGAAAUUAAAAAGAGAUCAACACGAUAUGUUUUUGGGAGAUCUUAUUUUUUCCAAUCAUAUGACAUUUAUGAGUCUUAUAUUUUAUGAGGAGAGGAGAAGACUAGACAUGCUGUUUCAGAUCAGUGAUAAUCUUGCAAUACUUUUAGCAAAAGCAACUGUUUAA